AUGUUUUUGCAGCGCUCUGCCAUCGCCGUCGCCCGCCGGGCCGCCGUCGCCCCCGUCGUCCGCCGCAGCUUUGCUACCUCGAUCGUUCGCUUCGAUGCCGUCCCUAGCAACACCUCGACCAAGGUGAAGGGCCUGUCCGAGAUCAAGACCUCGGCCGACCUUCUGGGCCCUGGUGCCAAGCCCGGCACUGUUCCUACCGACGUCGAGCAGUCAACCGGUCUGGAGCGCCUCGAGAUUAUGGGCAAGAUGGAGGGUGUCGACGUCUUCGACAUGCGACCUCUCGAUGCCUCCCGGCUCGGUACCAUGGCUGACCCGAUCCGCGUCCGUUCCGCCGGCGAGGAGCAGUACGUCGGUUGCACCGGCUCCCCCGCCGACUCGCACGUUGUCAACUGGCUCGGCAUGUCCCGUGAGCGCCCCAUCGAGCGAUGCCCCGAGUGCGGCAGCGUCUACAAGAUGGAGUAUGUCGGCCCCCAGGAUGACGGCCAUGGCCACGGCCACGACCACCACGGCUACGAGGAGCCCAAGACCUUUGCCGACUUUGUCAAGCCCGAGUACCGCUAA